AUGUGUUCAAGGAAAGCAACAAGAACCAUUGGUGUGAUCAGUAAAAUCGAUCAGGCAUCUUCAGAUCCGAAAGUUCUUGCUGCUGUUCAGGCACUUCUAUUGGGUCAAGGACCAAGGAGUUCAACUAAUAUCCCUUGGUUUGCUCUUAUUGGGCAAUCAGUUUCCAUUGCUUCAGCUCAAUCUGGAAAUGUGGGGUCAGAUAACUCAUUAGAAACUUCUUGGAGGGCUAAAAGUGAAAGUUUCAAAUGUGCCUGCACAAAACCUAAAGGAAUAUUGCUUUUCGGGCCUCCUGGAACUGGGAAAACACUUCUUGCAAAAGCACUUGCAACUGAAGCAGGAGCUAACUUUAUCAGCAUAACUGGUUCCACACUUACAUCCAAGUUUUCAACAGGAAAACCAAAGAAUAAGGAGAGUAAUAAGUUUGGUAACCUGAGAUUCUUUUUGUCAAAUCAAAAAGAAGCAAAUAAAUCAGACAUCAAGACUAUUUCUCAGCAGCCAAAUGUUAUUCUCGCUGUGACUUGUUUAUUGGAGAGACUUCGAGGAGUUUCAAGUGCUUCAGAACCACGUUCACAGAAGGUGGAGGAGCAAAUCAUCUACUUAGAGCCUCAUGAGAUUGCAAUGGUCAUUGACUUUUUCAUUGUUUGGCAGCUUGGACAAACUUUGUAGCACCUGAUCAUCCAUGCCACGCUUGUUACAGGACAUGAGUAUGGGCACAUAAUGGAACAUUUUAGGGCAGUUGUUGGUGAUCUAUCAAUGAAGUGGCCAACAUUGUGUAAUAACAUUUUAGGGGAAGAUGUAGGUAUAUGUUUUUUUAACGAAUAAUGUAAUCAUAUGUAUGAAUAUGAAAUAAAGUUUGUUAUUUGUAUGACAAUAAAUUUUAUGAAAUGGAUUGUG